CCGUGCUUUGCCGUGCUUGUAAUUCAUCAACUGCACAAUGCGUGCUAUUUACGUUCUGCCGUUUGUAUUCUCACGUUAAACUUUCUUUCGUUAAAUUAUGAAAUUUGAAAUUGCUUGAGAUGGUGAACACAAUAUCCAUGCACUCAACCAGUUAGAAUUCAUCAUUGUCAGACCUCAAGUAAGAUAUUACUAAUCUGUCGUGCGGCACAGAAUGUCAGAAAUCAACGAAGAGCGUGAAAAACAACUUCAAGACUUGAAUAGCUUCAUUCAGUUGUCUUACGAACAACUAAGCAGUGUUGUAUCUUCGCUAGGCUGGACCAUAGAGAGCAUUUCAAACGAGAGCCAGACCACUGUUGCUUGCCCGUUUGAUAAUGGUCAUCGAGUCAGGGAAGCUAGUCUUGGAAAGCAUUUGGAAAAAUGCCAAUGGAAAGCUGAGGGGUACACGGAAUAUGAUUUACCCCUCUCAGAGCCUUGCCCAUCUGUUGAUCCUUCAUCUUCCAUUAAAUUUGAUGAACAUCUGCAGGAUGAGGUAUUGCUAAAAGCUCGCGAACAAGAUCCUACAAUGCAUACAGCAGCAGGUAUCGGUGACAGAUUAAUUCCUCGAACAUCGGACAGACUCACAGCAAGUUUCACUAGCGAUGAGAGAAAAGCUGUUUACGAUUACGUUAUAGCCAACACAAUUACGCCUGACAUUGGAUGUGACAUUGCUGAUAUAAAUAAGGUAACCAAGAAAGACAAAGAUUCUCCAAAAACUUCCCUCCUUGAGUUACUAGCACAGGAACGUAAUUUGAAACGAAGAAGAGCCAAGCAUCGAGGUGUUCAUACAAACAAAAAAUCUCAAGUUGAAAUAUUACGAGAAGUGAUCAAUCAACAGAUGGAAAUGUAUGAAGAGUACAUCACUGAUUCCUUAAUAAAAAUAGAGCCCAAGUCUUCUGUUAAGUUGGAAGCAAGUUCGUCAGAUUUUCACACCGAUUUUGAUAAGAAAAAUCUAGGAAAUAAAUAUUCCUCCGAGUGGCCGAGAAAAAGCUCCACUAAAAGUGACAAAAAGAAGAACUUUUAUGCGUUUUCGCCGGGCAAAAAAUCCCCCACACAGAAUAAUGACCUCGAUUGUGUCAAGAGAAGAAACAGGUCUCUGUCCCGAGGUAGUGAAAGACAACAGCACCACUCCAGACACACGAGAGGUCGUUCAAAGGAAAGGAGUCGGCACCAGGAUGUGAGUCGUAGAUACCGAAGAAGGGAAGAAAAAUCGUGGAACAAGGAAGAAAAUAAUUAUCAAACAGAGGAGGAUAAAACGAAGGAGCGAAAAAAACGAGGUCGGUCGCGGGAAAGGAGUGAAAAAUAUGUUGAGAAAUCACGGCGACAUGAAAAAUAUGAUGGUGGUUAUUUCUACAAGCAUCAGCGUGUACGUGAUACGUCUAAAAAUUCGAAGAAAAACCCUUGAUUAUAUCUCUUCAUCAUUUACGAGCAUUGAAUUAGAUUCGACAUUCGAUCAUUAUUACGACUGUACAUUUAGUUAAGAAACAAAGUCGAAUCAAUAACUAAAGAAUGAGGGAUAAAAAUAUGGCAAUAAAAUUGUUUUAAAUCGGAUCCAAAUUCAAGUUUCGCCUGUAUAAUAACAGUAUCAUCCGUACUUUGUCAGCAGUUUUUGAUCGAUGUAAUCUCAUUUUAUCAGCCUUACUCUAGGCAACCCGACGUACUGCAAUGGUCAUGACUGCAACCAACAGCACCUGAUGCAAACUUCAGGUAGAUCCUAGAAUCACGAGUCGUGUUUAUUGUCGAGGUUGAGGACUCGUGAGUUCAAAACUUCGAACGUUGUGUUAACGUGUUUGUGCUAAGGAAUGGAUUCAACGUUAAAAAAAAGUGGUAAAAAACACAGCACUCCUGUCUUGUAUCAAAAAAAUUUAGAACUAUAUUUUCCACUAUCUGAAAUACGAUCGGGAGAUACAUCAACCUUGCGUGAUGCGAUUUAUAGCGACUCGGACGAUGGCGAGCGAAAAUCAAAACAAACGCGCAGAAGAAGACUGAUUCAAAACACCAAUUUGUACGCUAAAAUCAACAAGAUUAACUCGAGCUCUGAUUCUGAAUAUGAAACUUUCUAUGAAUGUGAAAUAAAUUCUUCGAAUAACGAACGGCAGGUCACCAGCCUACUUCAUAAGAAGACAGAAAAUUUUUACGAAAGCACACAGUCUGAUACGGAUGUCACGAUCCCACAAGUCGUUAUUGCAUCUCCUCAGCCUGGGGAAUUAUUUUACUCUCCAACGCAAGAUAUUCGCAAACACUAUGGUGAAUCGUUAAACUAUCAGUCCAAUGAAUCACCACUGCAUUUACAAUAUUGGAAUUCUCCUAAGUUUCAGAGGCGUAGGUAUUAGUUCUGCAGUUUUGCAAUUCAUAGAAUACCUUUGUUAAAAUGUCUUGCGUUCCAGCACCUAACGUCUUGUUGUUCUCAGAAUUUCAAGAUCCUAGGCAGUACAGAAGCUAUUCCGGACCUGGAAGAAAAGAGCGGUUGAGCCCGUCUAAAAUAUCAUUUUCCCCCAAGUGGGCAAACCCUGUCCCAUCCAAAUACAGUUCACCGAGUCAAAUCCCACCUGUAGUUUGUGCACAGCCAAAAACUUCACCUGUUUAUGAAAUGAGACGUGGUAGCUCUGGAUCUGGUUCAAAGAAUUCACAUUGGAAUCGCUGCAAAAUGCUUAUAGCUCCAUUUCCUGAGAAAAAAAAACGUGUGGUGCGUGAGAACAGAAAAAAAGAGGAGUUGUUCGAUUUGAAGAAAUCUCUAAAAGCUUCUAAGGAAAGCUGUGGAUCAGUUUCAAUGAUACCAGUUGGAUCUAGGAAGCGGAGUGAUAAGCGUAAGCUUCCAAUUCAAUCUAGUACACAUACAUCUUGUGAUAAUUUAUUGUUGGGAUCACCACUUCAAAAGACCAGCAAAAUGGACCAACGGCAUCGUACAGCUGAUCAAAAUCACAAAGGCGAAAGCUUGAAAAAUGAUAGCAGUUCCAGUUCAUCAGAGGCAAUUAUAUCCCAUCCUCAGAAAUCAACAAUUCAAGUCAUAUCAAAUAUCAAGAUAACAGAUGGGCGAUAUGAAAAUUUCUUAAAAAAACUCUACUCUAAACUUGAUUGAAUCAGAGCUAAUCACAAAUCUAUUCUGACUUAAAAUAAAUGGGUUGUUAUUACAAAUAUUAAAAAAAAAAUUACAUUCAUAUCAAAAUUCAUGAUCAACUAAAAAUCUAGUUUAUUUUGUGUAUCUUUUUUUUUUGUGGAAUUUAUUUUGUUUAAUUUUCAAGGGUAAUUGUUAAUCGUUAUGUGAAAAGAAGUUGAAUAUAAUAUAUUUAUUUUUUCAAUGUAAGUGUAACAAACAUCUACCUGGUUUUGUAUAUGCACUUAUUUUAAGUUCUCUUGCUUUUGAUUAUAUUAGCUGUAACUUGGCUUCCGUGAACACUUAUUAGCAGCCUUGUGUAUGGGAGGUUGCCAGUAAAAUUUAAAAUAAUUAGUAAAAACUGGCUGUGAAAAUUAUACUUGUCGGUAAUGUAACGUUUGAGCCAAAAUUGUAUGGCAAAGAGUCUUCCCAUUUCUUGCAGUUCCUGCUACUCAAAACUUGUGCGCAAAUCGUUUGUGUAGUUGCUGAUUGGCGAUAUUGUUUCCAGUUUAUGAUAGAACUGUGCAUUUUACACUCUUUCAAAAACGACCUAUGUAUUUAAUCUUACAUCUCUAUAACUUGUUCUAUGCCCUAUACAACGAGUUCUGUUGGAAUAUUCAUAAUGAAGUAAUGAAUGAUUAUUCACUCAUUGAGGCAAAGGUACUUUCAACAUUCACAUAACUAAAAAUCCUGAAUAAUAUAAUAAUUAUUUAUUUAAUUAUAACGUACUUAAAACCUGUGUGAGACACAGAUAGAUAAUAUAAAAUAUUAAAAUUUCAAACGUUACAUGUAUUAUAUGUUUCGAAUUGAAACUAGUAUUGAAAAAUAAUAUUUAUAUAUUUACGAAUAGAAAUAUUAAUAAUAUGAGUUUUAUCUCUACGAUUAGUGAUGAGCAUUGAUAUAAUUAGGCAAUAUAUCCAUAACAAUCUAAGUUAUAAUGCAUCAUGUUUGUAUUUGAAAUUGCUGUACAGAGUAAAAGUUUGUUUAUCAUCAAACUGAAAACAAGUUGUCGAACAUUUGGUGGAACCUUUGAUAGGAUUAUGUCAAAAUGUACGGAAUAUGAACCGAAUUUAGUUCAGGGUCAGAAAAGAAUUGCUAAUCGUAAAUGGGACAAUCAAAUCACUGGAAAAGUACUGGCAAAAAUGUUCGUGAUCUAGAAAGAUUAUUAUGAAAAAUGUGAUGUUACGUCAAUGAUGCCAUACUAAUUUGAAUAUCCGAUGCAAUUAUGAAUUUUUUUGGCACCUAUUUCGGCUUUCUAAUUUAUUUGCUGACAUAUUACCAUUCCUAACUUUAACCAAAGUACGUGGUUUCCACAAAUAGUUUAGCGCAAAUUUGAUAGACACGUACUAGUAUCAAUACACAAGCUUUACAUUUAGAUUCACGUACGUAACGUUGAAAGUAAGAUUACUUAUAUCGCCUCUAACAAUUUAUGAUAUUAAUUCAACACAUGGCUAUGAUAAUUUCGAACGUAUUCUCAGUUAUCUUAUGUUGCCAAGUGUUCAGAAGCGAAUGAAUGAGACGAAUUACUUUUAUUGAUAUAAGUUUGUAUUGUAUAUCACUGUAAAAUUCUGUAUCAUUUUCUAAACUGUUGUUUUUCUUCUCCAUGUAAAAUAAAAUAAAAGUAAAUUUUGUAAUAAACUAA